AUGUCUCAAUUUAAUUCAACUGUUGGUGAAAUUGCACUUCUUGGAGCUACUCAAGGAGUUGGCAAGCAAUGUCUCUUACUACUCCUUUCGAAUAGAAUGAAAGUGAGAGUGUUGGCCAGGAAUCCUAGUAUGCUUUCGUAUUUGAAGAAGGAUUUUGGAGAAUUGAUGACAAUUGUGAAGGGAGAUGCUACUCGUUUGGAAGAUGUGGAAGAGUUGAUUAGUUCAUCAGUUACUCAUGUGAUUAGUUCACUCGGAUCAAAAACUAUUGGAAAGACAACGUUAGUAGAAACUGGAGUUUCAAAUACAGUUAAAGCAAUGUUAAAACAGGAUAAGCCAAUGAGAAUUGCAAUUAUUACGUCGGCUGGCAUUCUCGAUGUGAAACAAUCAUGGUUUUUUGAUAAUAUCCUUAAAAAGUAUAUUAUCCACAAUGUUUAUCAAGAUUUGGCAAAUUCUGAAAGAGCUUUGUGCCAAUUGACCAAAGAUUCCAAAAUUACUUAUGCCAUUGUAAGACCUCCUCAAUUGGUGGACUCACCAAUAACUCUAGAUUUCGAAUUUGGAGAGGAUAAUAAUUAUCCGAAAGGCACAUCCAAAGUUACUCGUCAGGAUGUUGCCUCUUUCCUAUUGCGAUCUCUAUUCGAUGAAAAACUUCAAGGAAAUAGAAGUUUUAAUCUCAAUUCUAAAAGAGAAAUCCCAACCAAGUUGGAUAUUGAUGAAAUGUUGAAGGAAACUCUUUCUCCAACUUUGUUUAUUAUUUGGAAAGUAUUGAAAACAAUUGUGAAAAUUGGGUUGACUGGCUUGGUUCUCUAUUCUCUAAAAACAUUGUUUAACAAAUAA